AUGUUCAACUCCGAUUGUAAGGGUAUAAUUGACUUUUCAUGUAUUACGGCUCCACCACCUGACACUAAGGCACUCUUUGUCCAUCUCGUUGGUAUCAUCGGAUUCGGAUGGUAA